ACAUUCGAUGGUGGAAGAUGUUUAUGUUGAGGUUUGAGCAAAGGCUUUCACGCACUCAUGGAGACUGACAGAAUUUUUAAUAGCUUUUUAUACCAGGGCCAUACGUCAGCAGUAAGAUGAAGCGUUCAAAAAGCGAAGCGAUCAAAUCUGCACUGAACACUUAUUUGAAACGCCGGCACUAUGCGGAUAUCGAAGAUUGUUGCAAGAUUAAUACACUGCCAUGCAGCCAAGAGGAAAUGGCUGUUGGUUGUGCAGUGGAAAGAGUUGUUGGUCGCUCAAAUUCUUUUACGUUCAGCACUAUCAAUAAUGAUGUUAACCUAGCUGAACAACAUUUCUUAAGGUUCAAAAACUGGAUUGCAGAGCUUAAGCAAGAGUCCUUUCAGUGUGAAUUAGCCAGUCUGCUGUGUCCAAUGUUUUGUCAUCUUUAUUUGGAAAUGCUGUGUGGAGGCCACCGCCAGGUAGCAAACAAAUUUUUCAAGAGGCAUCAGGUUCUCUUCACAAGAGAACACAAUCGACCGUUGCUGGAAGAACUAGCUAGCGUAACUAGUAGCCAGGAUAUUGAAAACAAUGCCCUUGUUAAAGAUUUUAGGUCCUGCAAAUACCAUGUGAAGUUGUCAGAAGCAGCUAUGGCAUGCUUACAAAUAUAUCUGUCAGAGUAUAGCCACACUGUUCUAAUUCAGCUACUGCAGGACAGGUUCAGUCUGGAGGUAGAUGGCACCAUCCUUUCUAUCACCCAGGAGAAAGUUGCAAAUGAUCAGACAACCACAAUGGAGGAUUCUGAGAGUGCAUCAGAUAAAGAAACUGAGUCCAGAGAUGUGGAUGAAGACUUCAAGAUUGUAAGAGAAGCAAUAGAAGAGGUAUUUGAUGAACCGAAGACCCCAACUACUGUCCUGUACACUAUAAAAAAUUGUGAGGAAAUAACAGCAUGUGGAAGAUUCACAAAUAAACUUGACAAAUUAGCAGUUGGCAUGGGAUCUGUUGUAAAGCUGUGGAGCUUGACAAAUAAGAAGCUACCUGUUCCAAAGAAACAUGUACUGUUACCGUUUCCUGAAGCUGAGACUGACAUAGAGGGAAGUGAUGAAGAUACAGAUGAUCGACAUGAGAGUGACAUGGUAUCUCUCUUUGGCCACUGUAAGCAAGUUCAAGAUCUCAGAUUUGUAAAUGAAGAAAAAUCUGAACAGAUGCUUCUGUCUGUUUCACAUGAUGCUACAAUGAGAUGUUGGACAUUAGGGAACAACACCUGUGCAGCAAUAUACAGAGGACACAACAGACCUAUCUGGUCUCUUGAUGUAGACUCUCUGGGGAUGUUUGCUGUCACAGGCUCCAGUGAUUAUACUGCCAGACUCUGGUCACUUGAUAGGACGUAUGCUUUACGUGUGUUCAUCGGACACACACAGGAUGUUGAGUCUGUAUCAUACCAUCCUAGUUGUAAAUAUAUAGCUACUGGAUCAACUGACAAAACUGUCAGGUUAUGGACUGUGUCAGAGGGAAAGUUGAUACGAAUAUAUGCAGGUCAUCGAGCAGCAGUCCAAGUUGUGAGAUGCAGUCCAAAUGGGAAAUACAUUGCUUCAGCUGGUGAAGACAAACGAAUCAAGAUAUGGGAUAUUCCGUCGGCAUCUACUGUGGCUGAGUUUAAAGGACACUCUAAUGCUGUUGUGAGUUUAUCAUGGACACCUGACAGUGAGUAUCUUGCUUCCUGUGCGUUAGAUGGGACCAUAAGGCAGUGGAAUGUGGCUCGUUGUGUGAAUAGGGAAAUGGGAACUGGAGAAGAUGGUGAGGGAGGUGAAACAGAUGCCGCUAAGAAUGCAGAAACUCGGACAGAGACUGCUAGUACAUCUGUAGAAAGCCAUGGUCCCACUUCUCCGAGUGCAUCACACACUGUAGUGAGUGUCAGUGCUGAAACUACUCCAUCUAACAUAUCAUCAUCUGUAACACCUUCAACAAGCUCUGCAUCACCUGGUCCUGCCCCAGUGGUUGCUGCACAGCCUAUUGCAGGACCAUCUUCUGCAACAACUUAUGACACAGUUUCUGAUGACCCCAUGGAAGGACCAUCAACUGGUGUCCCAACAGCAGAAGUGUCUGAGAACACAGCAGAAACUGCCAGUGCUCCAGUGAGUAGUUCUCCGAGCCCCUACCAGACAGCAUGUUUUUCUGUAGGAGAUCAUAUACUCUGUGUUCAUCAUGUGUCAAAAGAUACUUUGGCUGCUGUGAAUAUCACUUACAUUGAUGAGUGAAAUGCGAUAAAUAAUUUAUUUAUCCAUAGAUUGCAGGAAACUGUGUGGUUCAUGACAGAUGUAAUCAAAACUUUACUUUACCAAAUUUCUUCAAGCUUAAGGAGUGUUGGGACCGAACCUUGUAACAGACACUGUUUCUGGCUGCAGACAGUCUCUGAAGGAGAAAUUUGGUGAACUGUACUCAAAUAAAAGUU